ACUGUCAAUUCAGUUGGUGGGGUAUUAUCAGUGGAGAACGGUUGUAGUGUUAAAUAAUUAUUGUUUAAUUAAUUUAAAUGACACUUUUUUAAACUGUUAUGAAUUAACUGUGAAGUUUUUUUUUGAUAUUACAAUUGUUAUAUUUUAAACAAAUAUUUUACAAUACAAAAGAACUGGGCAAUGCUAUCGAUGCUUUCCAGGAGUUAUUUAUAAUAUAUUAAGUAAAUUGUGAUUUAAAACAAAACAAAAUGGGUAAAUUAUUGAGUCUUUUGGCCCGUGACGAAUCAAACUGUUGUUCCUCACCCCGUUACGAUAUAUUCUUGGAUUUCGAAAACGCUGCGCCCACAGAUACGGAACGUAAUGUUUACGAAGAGGUACAAAGAGUUUUAAUAGAUUCGGAUAAAAUUUUAGAAGAAAUACAAUGCUACAAAGGAGCCGGGAAAGAAAUUAGAGAAGCUAUAGCUGACCCUUCGACUAUAACUCAAGAAAGGGCUUGGCGCGCUGUUAAACCCCUGGUUGAUAAAUUGCUGCGAUUUUAUAGCCACUCAUUAGAAUUGCAACGGGUGGUACCACGCUUACUGGGCUCUCUGGUCGGGGGAGCGAUGAGUCCCACACAGCAUUUGGAGCAACAGCAGGCCUUGGUCAAACAAUUCGCUGAAAUUUUAGAGUUUGUUCUGAAAUUCGAUGAACACAAAAUGAAGACACCAGCUAUCCAGAACGACUUCAGUUAUUACAGACGGAUAGUUUCACGAGGGGGUCUGAUAAACGCUGAACUUCCACCGGGCGAAGAACCCCACAUAGGCGCGGAGGUGGCCAACAGAAUGUCCCUUUUCUAUGCUCAAGCGACACCAAUGCUCAAAGUGUUGUCAGAGGCGACCAGCCAGUUCGUGAAUGACAAUCAACAGGACUUGGAGAACACGACAGAAACACUCAGCACCAUGGCGAAGGUCUGCUUGAGGAUGUUAGAAAAUCCUAAACUAGUCGCCCAGUUCAGUCGUGAAGAGACGUCUCUCUUGGUACUGCGAGUGAUGGUCGGUCUGAUAAUCCUGUACGAUUGGGUCCACCCAUCCGGCGCUUUCUGCCGUUCAUCAUCAGUGGAUGUGAAGGGUUGCGUUAAAUUCCUUCAACAGCAGCCGCCGCCGAAGGCUGAGCCUCUCUUGAACGCUCUCAGAUACACCACAAAGCACCUCAACAGCCAAUCCACGCCACGGAACAUUCGAAGUCUUUUGGCUGCGUGAGGACACCAUUCAAGCCUUGCAUGUUGUUGUGGGGAUUGAUGUGACAAUAAACUAAUGGGGAUUUCUCGCUGGCAUUUAUUUCGCUGUUUGCUUCUUUGUAGCUUGAUCUUUUAUAUUUAUAUCGAUUUAUAUAACUAUAUUAAUCAUUAGCUUAUAUAACGUCAAUAUAAAAAUCCUAAUACCGAAAGAUCACGCCACAAUACGAAUAUUGUAUAAGUAGAUUAAAUGUUGUAGCCUAUAGUGAUUUGAUGAUACGUUGUGUAUAAGAGAUGCUAUAAAUUUAUACCGAUUUAACAUUUAAAACAAUAAGCAUAACUAAAAUAUUUAAUGUAUUAAAAAAAUAAAAUUUUCUAAGUGACACAGAUUAUAUCUGUGAAUGUAGACUAUACAUGCUUUUAAAGCGAUUACAGAUCAGUUAUUUUUGAGAAAUCUAUCCCUUACCCCACAAUUGUGCAAGGUUAUUAGUAAAUGGUGUCACAGAUUAUAUGAGUCACUGUAAUGUAGGUAAUAAAUUAAGAUAUGUUAUAGAUUAAAUGAAAUGUAUUAAAUAAUAAAAAAAAAAACUGCCUUGAAAUAAUGAUAAUCGGUUACCACAGAAAUUGUGCAAUAAGUGAAACCAGU